UGCGGGCUGCCCGCCGCUCCGGCCCAAUGGCAGCGCUCGUUGUUGAAGGGUAGCGGGAAGAAGGCGUUGCCGAGGCCUCGCCCCUUCCUUUCGCCGCCGCUCUGCCCUCGCGUGAGCACGUCCCAGGCCGCUGUCCCGCGCCGCCGCCGCCGCCCAGGAUGCGUUACGUCGCUGCUUACCUGCUCGCCGUGCUCGGGGGCAACGAGUCCCCCACGUCCAAGGACUUGAAAAAGAUCCUCGACAGCGUCGGCAUCGAGACAGACGAUGAACGCAUGAACAAGGUUAUUAGUGAGCUGAAUGGAAAAAAUAUUGAAGAUGUAAUUGCCCAGGGUAAUGGAAAACUUGCCAGCAUGCCGGCCGGGGGAGCCGUGGCAGUCUCUGCUGGAGGGGGCUCUGCUGCUCCUGCCGCAGCUGCUGCCCCUGCUGCCGCUGAGGAGAAGAAAGAAGAGAAGAAGGAGGAAUCAGAAGAAUCUGAUGAUGACAUGGGAUUCGGCCUCUUUGAUUAAUUAUUUGUUAUAGAGAAGUUAUUAAAAUUCUUUGUUUUAAA